AUGGAUUUCUAUAAACUUAAUGAGGUAGAAGACUGGACAUGUAUAAAAGUUGUAGAGCAUUAUCAUGCUAAUUCAGAACAAAAGGACUGGAAAAAAGUGCUGGAUAGUAUAAAGAAAGAUCUCAAAAAGGAUUGGACUGCAUCAAUGGACAAGAUAGAUGAUCGUGCACAGUUUAAAAUUGAGUUUCAGCAGCACCAUCAAGAUGUGAAUACUGACGUUACAGCUCCAACAAAAAAGGUCAAAACUAGUAGAAUUAAAACUCCAGAACGACAAAUAUAUCUGUUAGAACAAAGUAUAGAAGACUGUUAUGAACAAUCAGAUUCAGUUGAGGGAAAUGAAGAAGAUGGCCAACCUUUUUUAAUGUCAAAUGACCAUGAUGUAGAGAUAACACAUGAAGAUGACAAUAAUCCUUUCAUAGCAAAGACAGGGGAAGGUUCAAUGAAAUGCAAGGUCGUCUUAUCAUGGAACCAUGCAAUCACUAAUGUGGUCAUAAAUAAUGACUCUGAAAAUGAUUUAAAUUCAAUUGAAAAGUUGAAAGCUAAUCUGACUUUAUCAUAUGAGAAAGAAAUUGAUUUGAUAUUGUGUCUAUUGUCAAUUAUGUAUUGCAAUGAAUUUAAACCAGAAUAUAUUAAAUGUUCUAAAAAGGCAUGGAAUGAGGCCCUCCCAAGAUCAUUAGCCCCAAAGAUGUUGUUAACAAUAGCUCACUCAGUAAUGAUUGAAUACAAUAUGCUUUUGAAUGACAAACAAUCACUUAAUACAAGAUGGCGUGAAAAUUGGGCAAAAGGAAAUACAUUGCUAAUGGAUGAGGACAAAGAUAUCUUUGACUGUGUGCAGAUAGUUUUGAGAAAUUUUUAUAAUGAGAAUAAAAAAUUGGACGAAGAUACAUUCAUCCAUCGAUACUGUCACCAAGUUCUUGAAGAAAUAUUCAAUAAAACUGAAUACUCAUUGAUUUGGGCUAAUGGUGAAUCUGAAAGUUCUAAAGCAAGACGUUUAUUGGAUGGUCACAACCAUGGUAGAAAACCAGACUUUUGGAUCCUCUCAAAGAUCGAUGACACCGACAAAGAACUUAUAUUUGCAACUCUAAAAGUCAUGGCAAAUACACAAUCUAAAAUUGAUUUAUUAAAAGAAGAGAAUUCCAAGCUUAUAGCUGAGAUUACUGAACUUAGUAAGGAGAAUGUUAAAGUCAAUGCUGAAAAUAUUGAGAUCAAAGCCGAGAAUGCAAAAUUAAGACAAGCUUUAGAAGGACAUGAAACCAGAAUCACGAAACUAGAACAGGGAGAAAAAGAAAAAAGUAUUACUAAUACACGAAGUGCACUUUUGAUGAAAGAUGUUUUGCAAUCUCCAGUAAACUUUAAUGAUACUUUUGAACAGAUAAUCUUACAAAGUGAGGAUGCUCUGGUAUCUGAUAUAUCUAAUAAUGCUUCAAAUUCUGAUCCUAAAUCAUUGGAAGAUAAGGAGGUUAAUGAAUUCCUGGAUUCAGUGAAUAAAGAAAAUGUUUGUAAUGAAAUAAGAGAAAGAAAUUGGGAAAAGAAGCUUCUACAUGAAUCUGCAAUAAAUAAAGACUUGACUUCGGAUAACAUUUUAUCAAAGCUAUCCAAUUAUCAUGUGACAUAA